GCCCUGUUAAUGAUGAGGUUGUAGCAGAAAUACUAACGUAACCUACACAAAGAUGAACUGCACUUCCACUUCGCUGCUGAGCUCCUCCUUCCUCCCAACUCCACCAUUGAAUCCCAACAGCUCCUCCUCCUCCUUCCCACGGGCCCCACCCAAGCCCAUCAUCCGCCGCGUCACCACUAAAAUGUCCCUCAACCAACAACCCCCCCAACCGCCGGACCCAACCUCCCUGCUCACCUCCGUCACCAAGCUCCUCUGGGGCCCAUCCCUCCCUCCCGGCCUCCUCAUCUCCACCGUCCGCGCAGCCUGGAACACCACGUGGCGGCUCAUGAUGUCCCAGCUCGCCCCCUCCGAUCCCUCCCUCGCCUACACCCGACCCCCUUCAAGGUUUCGAGCCACACAAAUCCCCCGCCAAAACCAGACCUCCCUCCACCUCUACGUGGGCCUCCCCUGCCCCUGGGCCCACCGCACCCUCAUCGUCCGAGCCCUCAAGGGCCUCGACGACGCCGUCCCCGUCUCAAUCGCCGCUCCGGGCACGGACGGCUCCUGGGAAUUCAAGAACACCCCCGACCCGGAUCCGGAUACCCUCGACCCGACCCGGGACAAAGCAAACGGCUGCAGGACUCUGAAAGAGGUCUACAAAUCUAGAGCGGGAGGGUACGACGGUCGGUCCACAGUGCCAAUGCUAUGGGACGCAAAGAACAAACAAGUACUAUGCAACGAAAGCUACGAUAUAAUCGAGUUGUUCAAUUCGGGUCUGAAUGAACUGGCCCGCAACCCGGGUUUGGAUCUCUCACCGCCUGCAUUGAAGCCAAAGAUUCAAGAAUGGAACAGCAUAAUCUACCCCAAUGUCAAUAAUGGAGUCUAUAGGUGUGGAUUUGCUCAGUCUCAACAAGCAUAUGAUGUAGCAGUGAAUGACUUGUUCAACACACUGGACAAGCUGGAAGAUCAUUUGAGCCGAUUUCGCUACCUGUGCGGAGAUGAACUGACGCUUGCGGAUGUUUGCCUCUUCACCACUCUCAUCCGGUUCGAUCUCGCCUACAAUGUCUUGUUCAAAUGCACCAGGAGGAAGCUGAUCGAGUAUCCAAACCUUCAUGCUUACAUGCGUGACAUUUACCAGAUUCCAAAGGUUGCAGAAACUUGCAAUUUUCAGUUGAUCAUGGAGGGCUACUACAAAACCCUUUUCCCACUCAAUCCAGGCAGCAUUCAGCCUAUAAUUCCUGCCGGAUCCGAGCAUCAAGAACUUCAGAGGCCGCAUAACAGGGAUUCAUUGUCCCAUGAAGACGCCAGGGAAUCAGCAGCAGCACUUUCUGUUUCGUAACGGAUACGGCAAGUUUGUACAUAUGCGUACAUGAACCUACGGAAAAUGUAAUGACAUUGAAACUGCCUUCCUCAAGGGUGCAAGGGUGCCUGCCCCCAUAGGUUGUAUAUUUUGGUGAUGCAUAUAUAAUAUCAACAUACCAUAAGCUAA